AUGGUGUUUGUUCCCGGUCGCCGACAGUCGCGUUCUACUGCGAUUGAUAUGUUGACAAUGGCCCACGCAGAUGGGGCUCCGCAGCGAUUCUUACACAUCAGUGAGACAGAUGAGACUUUUGUCAAAUUAUUGAACUCGCUACAGGACCAAACUUUAAAAGAAACUCUUCUUUGUGGCGUUGGCAAGGAGUUUGACUAUGACACCAACAAAUUUUGGAUCACUCUUGAAAUCUUUGUACAGGUGUGCAUCAUUCCUCGAACGAUGUGCUAUCAAAUUAGUAUGUUUGCUUACCUUGUGGUAAUUAUGGACACGCAGUUCUAUAACGGAAAGUAUCACGUAUAUGAAGAUUAUCCGAUUGGGGAUGUUCUGCAUAUGGUUGGCCUUGCGAACAGACCGGGAAGAGACCCUGACGGUAGGUGUUUUUGAGU